AUGUCCAUGUACGAUCCGUUUGGUCUCUUGGCAAACGUUACGAUAUGCAUAAAAUUACUGGUGCAAGCAAUGUGGAAGCAACGGGUCCAGUGGGAUGAAGCGAUGCCAUAUGAAUUAGCGCAGCAGUGGUCAAAGUGGUGGAGCAACAUCCAGUCAGUUAAGCAUCUUUCGGUGCCAAGAUGUUACUCUUUAAUGUUACCGGUAGCAGAGGAGAUACAGCUGCAUAUUUUUGUCGAUGCCAGCUCUCUGGCCUAUGCCGCUGUGGCGUAUCUUCGAAUAAAGAAAGGAGACAAGAUCGACGUCGCUAUGGUGUGCGCAAAGUCAAGGUGUGCGCCACUUAAGGGUACGACUAUACCACGUCUGGAGCUACAAGCUGCAGUUCUGGGUUGCCGUCUGAAGGAGUCAUUAGAACGAUGCCAUGAUUUUCGUGUGAGCAGCACUACAUUUUGGAGCGAUUCCAAAACCGUCAUACUUUGGAUUCGUUCAACACGUCGAGACUACAAGCAGUUCGUCGCAUAUCGUGUGGCCGAAAUACUAAGCACUACAUCGUCAGAUCAAUGGCGCUGGAUUCCCACGACAUUAAACGUCGCAGACGAAGCAACGCUAAGUCUGAAGUUCGCAGAAGUGGAGAACUAAACUCCGCAGAGCUCGCCAAAACCGAAAUGAAAAUACUUCGUCAAGUUCAAUUUGAGUCGUUUUCGGAUGAAAUCCAUGCCAUCAAGCAGAAGAAGUGCCUACCGAAGUCGAGUUUUUUGUACCAACUAACGCCGUUUAUAGAUGACGAUGGUUUGCUGAAAGUGAACGGGAGAAUUGACGCCGCCUACUGCCUGCCAAUCGCAGCUAGACGCCCGGUUAUUCUGCCUCAAACACAUUAUGUCACACGGCUGAUUGUGAAGCAAUACCAUUGCCGGCUUCAUCACCAGAACGAGAGCCUAACCAUAAACGAGAUGAGACAAAAAUGUUGGGUGCCUCGAGCGCGUGCCUUGCUCAAGUCGGUGAAGAGAAAUUGUAAUGUAUGUAUCUACAACAGCGCCAAGCCAGCUAUACCACUCAUGGGUCAACUGC